AUGCUCGCAGAGGACCCGCUCUCCCUCGACCGCAUCCGCUCCAUCCUCACCCGCCUCGAGGACACCAUCAUCUUCUCCCUCAUCGAGCGCGCGCAGUUCGCACACAACCCCAAGAUAUACCAGCCCGGCGCCUUCAACCACGUCCCCCAGCUCGGCACACACAGCUGGCUCCUCUGGUUCCUCCACGAGACCGAGUGCUUCCACGCCAAGGCACGCAGAUACACCGGCCCCGACGAAUACCCCUUCACCUCAAACCUCCCCGCCCCCGUCCUCCCCCCGCUCAAAUACCCCGCCAUCCUCCACCCGAACACCGUCGACGCGAACCCCGCCAUCCUCGCCUUCUACACCCGCCACAUCGUCCCCCGCAUCACCCGCCCCGCCACCCGCGCCCUCGCCGCCGCCAAACGCGCCCGCGCCAUCGACCCCGCCACGGACCCCGACCCCGACGACGACGGCAACCACGGCAGCGCAGCCACCAUCGACGUCGAGGUCCUCCAGGCCAUCAGCAAGCGCGUCCACUACGGCAAAUUCGUCUCCGAGUCCAAAUUCUCCUCCCACCCCGCCGCCUUCAUCCCCGCCAUCCGCGCGCGCGACCGCACCGCCCUCGCGGCCCUCAUCACAAAGCCAGACGUCGAGCGCCGCCUCCUCGUCCGCCUCCGCAACAAGGCCUCCCUCUACGCCCAGGACUUCGCCUCCGACGGCGCCCCGCGCCCCCUCGACCCCGCCGGCGGCGCACACGGCAAGAUCGACGUCGACGGCGUCGUCGAGCUCUACGAGAGCUACAUCAUCCCGCUCACCAAGGAGGUCGAGGUCGACUACCUCCUCCAGAGGCUCGACGGCCUCUCCCCAGAAGAGAUCCAAAAACUGUCCGAACGCUGA